GUCCAGCCGGUGUAUUUGGAUACAAAGUCAGCCUAGGAGUUGACAGCCCGGGCGGUCCAUGGAAUAGAUCGCCUUUCUCACAGGGAAAGGAAACAGGGGAAGAAACUAUUCGACUGAGAUGAAGGACAGACCAACUAACUGACCCAGCUGAGAGCACGAUUAUAAGAGCAUCCUUCAGAGGAAUUCGAUGACACAACAAAUGGGGAAUAUUUCAACGUUAUGAUACGCCCAUGCGACGAGCUGUGUGGAUGUUGUGAUGAACGGUGAAUGAUCCAGGCAACCGCAAGCACAUCCGAAUUCAGAAAACCGGUUGAUUUGGCUGGAGGAACGCAUGGAUAGGCUACUUUAACACUGAUCUCUGGAUUAAAAGAAAUAUUGUUGCAGAAUCUAGAAAGGAAUUAGAGAAACCAAGCAAGCAGUAUCCAUGGCCUUUAGUGAUUCUUCAGAGGGAAAAGCCCAAUGCUGCAUCAAGUAACCAAAAAGAUAUGUUUAUCACACCUUGAUGGACUGGAUAUUCUUACCUAAUCUUAAGGACUUUGGUUUCUCUAGCAAAACUAUUUUUCAGUGUCAUCAUCUAUAAAUCUAUAUAACAGUGGAGCAUCAUCAUAUGAGAGCUAUUUGCAUACACUGACUGACUGAAAUGGCUCUAUAAAUGUUAAGACACACACAAAGUGUGCUGUGGACAAUCCAAGCAAUCGGUGAGGACAGUGCAGGGGCAGCCCAGCAAAAGCUUUACUUAUUAAUUUUGUUAAUCAUCAAGAAGGCCUGCACUCAGUAGAUGGGCUCUGCAUGGAUAUUGUGCGCAAGUUGACAGAGGGCCUCCUCCAGCUUUUGAGACCACAUCGCUGACCUGAACACUCAGUGAUGGACCCAUAUACAAGACUGAGUGGAGUAGGAGCUGGAGGUGGUGGCAGUGCUGCUCCGCUACCUUGCAAAAGUAGGGUAGGUUCCUGUGGACCCCGAGUUCCCCCUGCCCUCCCAGCAAAUGCAAACUCAAUACCCUGCUUGACACACAACAGCAGCAGCCAGAAUUCCUCUACAGUGGACUCUCCAGAUUCCCAUCUUCCUCAUCAUCAUGAAGGCAUUAACACAUACUGGACAGCUGUCUUUGAUUAUGAGGCCACAGCGGACGAGGAGUUGACCUUGCAACGUGGCGACCUACUGGAGGUGCUCUCCAAGGACUCAAAAGUGUCUGGAGAUGAGGGCUGGUGGACUGGCAAGAUCCAGGACAAGGUGGGCAUAUUCCCAAGUAAUUAUGUGACCCGACGGGACACCAGCUAUCCAGCGUUGCCUCCGGGAGGUCUGGUCGGUGGGGAGUCGCCACUGGAAAUUGAUUUCUCAGAGCUGUGCUUGGAGGAGGUGAUUGGGGCUGGAGGCUUUGGAAAGGUGUAUAAGGGUUUGUGGCGAGGUGAGGAAGUAGCUGUUAAAGCAGCUCGUCAGGACCCAGACGAGGACAUCAGUGCUACAGCAGAGAAUGUGAGGCAGGAGGCCCGACUAUUCUGGAUGCUCCGACACCGCAACAUCAUUGCCCUCCAAGGUGUUUGCUUGCGGGAGCCAAAUCUUUGCCUGGUUAUGGAAUAUGCCCGUGGCGGGGGACUUAACCGGACACUUGCUGGGAAGAAGGUGCCUCCUCGGGUACUGGUGAAUUGGGCAGUGCAGAUUGGGACGGGAAUGGACUACUUGCACAACCAGACCUUUGUACCAAUCAUCCAUCGAGACCUCAAAUCAAGCAACAUUCUGAUUCUGGAGCCUGUGGAGAGAGACGACCUGAGCGGGAAGACUCUGAAGAUCACAGACUUUGGGCUUGCUCGGGAAUGGCAUCGCACCACGAAGAUGAGCGCAGCAGGCACGUAUGCCUGGAUGGCUCCAGAGGUCAUCAAGCUGUCCCUGUUCUCCAAAAGCAGCGAUGUGUGGAGUUUUGGAGUGUUACUCUGGGAGCUACUGACUGGUGAGGUGCCAUACCGUGAAAUCGAUGCUUUGGCUGUGGCCUAUGGAGUUGCCAUGAACAAGUUGACACUUCCCAUCCCCUCCACCUGCCCUGAGGCCUUUGCACAGCUGCUUGGAGAGUGUUGGUGUCCUAACCCACAUGGGCGUCCUUCUUUUGGAAGUAUCUUGAAAAGGCUGGUGGACAUUGAGCAAUCUGCCAUGUUUCAGAUGCCGCUCGAGUCUUUCCAUUCCCUGCAGGAAGACUGGAGGCUGGAGAUCCAGCAGAUGUUUGAUGAAUUGAGAGCAAAAGAGAAGGAGUUACGAUCCUGGGAGGAAGCUCUGGCGCGGGCAGCUGAGGAGCAGAGGGAGCAAGAGGAGCACCUGAGGAGGCGUGAGCAGGAGUUAGCCGAGAGAGAGAUCGACAUCGUGGAGAGAGAGCUCAACAUCAUCAUCCAUCAGAUGUAUCAAGAGAAACCACACGUGAAAAAACGCAAAGGCCACUUCAAAAAGAGCAGACUGCUCAAACUUGGCAGAGACAGCAACUGCAUCAGUCUGCCAUCUGGUUUUGAACAUAAGAUCACGGUGCAAGCGUCGCCCAGCGUGGACAAGAGGAAAGGUCAGGGUAGUGAAAGCACCACUCCUCCAGCCAGCCCAGGGGUCAUUCCUCGCCUCAGAGCCAUUCGCCUGACACCCAGUGAUGGAAGGAAGACGUGGGGCCGGACUGCAGUGUGUAAGAAAGAAGACCUAGGGACCAAGAAGAAGGGCCGAACAUGGGGCCCCAGCUCCACACAUCAGCGCGAGAGAGUCGGUGGAGAGGACAGGUUAAAAUCACUUGGGGAAGGUAAGGUGUGGUCCUCCAGUGCUCCAAAUCUGGGGAAGUCCCCAAAACAUGCUCCUAUGACAGCUGGAUUCUCAAGCCUAAAUGAAAUGGAGGAGCACUGUGAGUUUGAUGACAGCUCCCCAGGACGCCUGGCUCCUGAGCUGGGCAGUAAUGGAGCGAUGGAGGAGGUGGGUUUCGGAUCAGUGGGUUUAGUGCAGGGAAUAGGCUCACAGGAUUCAGUUCGGCGCUGCAGCCAGAGGAAGAAGAGUGACCUGCUGCUGCUGGGCUGUGCCUCCAUACUGGCCGCUGUGGGCCUGGGCUCUGACAUCUUCCAGCUGGGACGACAGCAGAUGAGUCAAGAUGAGCAGGACCUGAGAGAGGAGCAGAGGAAGAAGGAGGGAUUGUUUCAGCGCACGGGACGAUUCAGACGCAGCACCUCUCCACCCAGCCGCACACUGUCACUCUCCCUGUCCCACAACCGCCAUCACGACUCCACCCUGCCCUGCAUGGACCCGUCUCCUUCCGUCACCCUCCUCUCUUUGUCCUCCCUCUCUGACUGCAACUCCACCAAGUCCCUGUUGCCCUCUGAUUCUGAUGACUUUGCCUCGACCCCUAGUAGUGCUCACCCAGUGGUCUCUCCCGCGCUGUCAUUAAACCCUCUGCUGGACCUGAGGGCGGAGAGCUUCAAACGAGAGCCCAAUCAAUCCCUCACACCCACCCAUGUGUCUGCAGCUAUGGCGUUAAACCGCGGGCACCGUCGCACGCCCUCUGAUGGGGCCAUCCGUCCUCGAGCGCAGACGGUCGUGGGACAUCGGCGCACCCCCUCUGAUGGGAGUAUGCCCUUCCCACCCGAACAAGCCCCAACCAUUACACCAUAUACAGGUUCUCGUGAAACUCUUGACAUUCCACGCCUGCCUGACCCAUCCGUGGUUUAUCCCUCAGGCCAUCGGCGCAAACCUCCUCCUCCCAUCCCCAUCCCCAAGCCAGAGCCAGACAGCCAUACAGGCACACUCGAGCGUCCCAAAACCCUUGAGUUCGCUCCUCGCCCCAGACCCACCCCAGCUCGAGCACGUCCGGACCCCUGGAAACUAUCAUCUCUGUCCCAGACGCUCAGUUCGUCUUCAGGUAGCAGCUGCGACAGUCCGCUGGGCUCGGGUGACAGCGGAGUGAGCGCUGGAGCGGGUGUUGUCCAUCAAAGCCUUCUCGACAUGGACAUGGAAGGCCAGAGCAAGGACAACACCAUCCCCCUGUGCGGAAAACACCCCCAGGCCACUCUAUGCGGACAACAUUUCUCGUAAGAAGACUACU